AGUCUUGUCUGGAGCGAACGUUCUCAGACACUCAAAUAUCUUUCUAGGUUAUUUAAAUUCACUGGACACUGUUUACUCGUUUGGAAGAACUAUGGACAGCAUGGGGAUUUUGUCUCUUAUCUUCCUCGUCUUGUUGCAGAGUCCUGCCUCCCUCUCUCUGACAGUGAGCACCAGUAAGGCCAAAGUGGUGGUCCAUGAGAACACAGACGCUGUGCUGUCCUGUCAGUUCAAGACAGAGAAGGAGACUAACCCUCGUAUCGAGUGGAAGAAGAAAGGGAAGGACAUCACCUUUGUUUAUUUCGAUGGCAAAUUCAGCGGUGACCACUAGACCUCCUUCUCUCUCUUUCUCCUCGCCUCUCUUUCUUCAACCUUUUCAUGAUUCUACUCUACUGCACCGCUCCACCUCUCCUCCGUCUCCUAUCUCUUCCCCUCUAACACCAUCUCUUACUACAUUCCUCCCCCUCUUGUUGUUUUUUCUUCUUUCCUCUCUCUACACUUUUUCUCUCAUCUUUGUAACCCUUGACACCUGUGGUAUCCCAGGAUCCUUUGCAGGUCGGGCCAACAUCGAGGGUGCGACAGUGACGCUGCACGCCGUUACCCAGAAGGACUCUGGGCUGUACCGCUGUGAGGUCAGUGCUCCAGCAGACCACACCAACCUGGGAGAGAUUAACGUCACCCUCAACGUACUGGUGCCCCCCCACACCCCGUCCUGUGAGGUGCCCAGCUCAGUUUUGUCUGGGGCAGGGGUAGAGCUCCACUGUAAGGAUAAACUCAGUGUACCCCCUCCUACCUACAUCUGGUACAAAGACAACAAGGCGCUGAGCACCACACACACAACUGACACCUCCUUUAGCAUGGACACUGACAAGGGAACACUGAAGUUCAAGAGUGUGUCCAAGGCUGACUCAGGCCAGUAUCGUUGCGAGGCAUCCAACAGUGUGGGGGCGCCAAAGAGCUGUGUGGCCCAUCACAUGAAGGUCAUAGAAUAUCAGUUGAGUAUGACGACACUGAUAGCCGGAGCUGUAGGUCUCUUCCUGCUCGUUGUCAUGUGCUGCCUGGGUGUGUGCCUCUGCCAUCGACGGGGCUGCUGCAAAAAGCAGGAGCAGAAAGGAAGAAGCACCAACUCCUACAAUCCACCUCCUCCUCCCACCAGAAACCCCAAGAACUACAAGCACACCCAGUCCUUCAUGAUUUGAAGGUUUCCUUUGUGAAACUCAAAUCAAAGCUUGAAGCAGUGAAAUCACACAAAGUCCCCCACCAACACACACACACACACACACACACACACACACACACACACACACACACACACACACACACACACACACACACACACACACACACACACACACACACACACACACACACACACACACACACACACACACACACACACACACACACACACACACACACACACACACACAGGGUGGAUGGAUGAGAUUGUUCAACAUACAUAUUUUAGCUUGUUUACACCGCCUAGUGGCCAAAGGAUGAUGCACAAUGAUAUAUUUGUCACACAAAAACUGUCACUUGCUGUGUGUACUCUUCUCUUUUUGUGCUUUAUAGAACAUUCUGCUGUUUAUGGCUGUAUUGAGAAGCAACGAUGUGUAUUAUUAUUGUUGUUUUACAGAGAUGCUUUUAUAAUUAUGUUCUUAAAGUAUUUGUUUGUGGCUUUGGAUGUAGCCUACAAGGUCUCUGUGUGAUGAAGGAUAUGUGAUGUUUGAACAGGUGUCUAUAUGCACUGACCAUUUUUAGAUAGCUAGUUUUUAAUUAAAGUUAUUUUACCACAUGAUGCCUUCUAUUUGACAAAAUGAUAAGUUUGGCCAUGAACCUCAUACUGAUUCUAUUCAGUUUUAAAAUGUUGUAUAAUUUACAAGGAACAAAGAGGUAGGUAGGUACUAAGUAGUCGGCUGAAAAAAUUAACAUUUGUUUGAAUGUUCAAGCUGUUAUCAGGCACAGAUUUUCCUCCAGUUGUUUUUUACAUGAUUGAACCACCAGGUGGCGGUACAGUGUAGGAUAUUUAUCUGGGACAGACUGCACAAAGACCUUAGCAAAGAUUGUCAACUUGUAUACAGUAUAAUAGUAUCUAUUAGUGAUCUACAAACUACGGCACUAUUGUUCAUUUUGUCAUUUUAUUGUUGUUCUGCUGCCUCUACAUGUGGGGGUCUUGAAUUGUUUUUCUGAGCAUUAAUUCACAUAUUUGGAAUAGUUUGUGUGUGUCUCCGCUGCCGUAAACUUGUUGGUACACAUGCACUUGUGUGUGAAUGUGGUCUUGCCACAGUGUGUGUGAGCCUGGUCUUGCCACCAAAUGUGUGAAUGUGGUCUUGCUACUGUGUGUGGAAGAUGAUGGCUGACAGCCAGAAGCCUGAAACA